UAAUAUAUUGCACAACGUCAAUAAUUGAAAGUAUUCUUGUUGUUUUCAUUGUCUAAUUUGUUUUUACUUUCCUGUUACUGGAUACUUUCACACGCAUUCCACGGGCCACCUGUUAUAAUGACCUGCAUCUAUUUAUCUUCAAUUAUUUUCUAAUUUCAAAAUAAGGUGUGCUAUUUCAGUUAAAGAAGAACAUAAUUUUCCACUUGGAUGCUUUUAACUGGAUCAGAUUUUUAAACGAGGUUAUUCGGGAUAUCGUUAACUCGGAGUUUUUCUGCUCCAUUCCUCUUUUAUUAAGUGUGUAUUGCUUCUAAAUUUGUCCCAUUUCUAUUAUUCUUCUGUUGAAAAGCAUGAAAUUCAGUGGCGUUAAGAAGGCCUUUCAUCCAUAUCCAUGAUGGAUUUGACCAGAUUCCCAAUGGGGGCGAUCGAGUGAUGACGAACGGACUCCGACAAUUCUUGACCUCCAGGAUAGGAUCCUGUCUCCCAGAGUGAACAUUAAAUAUGAAAGCGAAAAUUUUUAUGAAAUAAAUUCAGCUGUAAUACUGGAAUCAUGUAAUGUAAAGAAGAAAAUUUAUAGAUUUUUUUGGAUAGUAUGAAGUGGAGCAGAAGUCUAUUCGUAGUAGUGAUUAUCGCAUUUGUUUGCAUCUGUUACUUUUUCUUUUUGGAAGAAACAACUCUCGAUGUACCGGUACCUUCUAAUCUAAAACAAAACGAAGCUUUUAUAGUCAAAGAACUUAUUAGCUAUGGAAGAGACUUAAUACCUCAAGUAGACAUUUUUAUUUGUAAUGUCAGUAAAGGCUCGAUUUUUCUCAAUAAUGGCUUUUGGCAACGAUGCCAAAAAUCUCAAAUAUAUUUAUAUUCUGCAUUUUAUGAUACUAGAUAUAAGUAUAAAGACGUUAAUUAUCCUCAGGUCAGGAUAAUAGGCAUGACUGAAGGAAUAUUACAAGUAUCCUUAUAUUGCUUAUUAUGGAAAGAUAAUGUUGCGUAUAGUGUUCCUGCUGAAACUAAAGAGAUAUGGCUAAAAAAUUGGGAUGUAGUCGCUGAUACAAUAUUUUACAGACCUUACAUUAUUAGUUGUCCUCUUCCGUAUAAUAUUAAAGAUAUUGAUGGAGUAUCUGUCAUAACUACCUCUUGUGAAGAACCAACUGUAUAUUUUAAUUUAUCAAGAAAGGUGCAAACGGAAAAGAAAAACUUUGCUGUAUGUGUCAAGGGAAUGGAUUUUAAAAACGACAUUUCUCUGAGAUUAAUAGAAUGGAUCGAAAUGCAAUUUCUUUUAGGUGCCGAUACAAUAUCAUUUUAUGUGUAUAAUGUUUCAGUUAAUGUUGCGCGAGUUUUACAUUAUUAUAAGCAAGAAGGUAAAGUUGAUAUAAACUUCAUCUCAUUACCAGGUAAGGAUCCUAAUGAUGUCGAAAAACGAACAAAAUUUUUAAAUAAAAAUAUCUGGCAAAAAAGAAGACACGAGUUAAUUCCUUAUAAUGAUUGUUUCUACCGACAUAUUCAUAGUCAUAAAUUCGUUUUGCUGUUAGAUUUAGAUGAGAUUAUUGUUCCAACACGGGAUUUAAAUUGGCAUCAAAUGAUAAAGAGAAUCUUCAAUGAUCAGCCUGAUGCACUGUUAAAUUAUUGUUCACUUUCGGCUAGAAAUGUUUAUUUUUUUGAUCAGUUUACUGGUGAUUCUAACUCUUACAAAGACAUUAAAAUUCCUCCUUAUAUGCAUAUGUUGAAACAUAUUUACCGUUCAGCUAAUUUUAGUAAAUUGGGAUUUGCGGUAAAGAGUUUUAUUUCUACAAAUAACACAUUGGCAGUUUUUAACCAUUACGCUCUUAUUCCACUCUAUCCACGAUUGAGAAGAAACGGCUUGAUAAAUAAAGAUGUGGCUCGUCUUCAUCAUUAUAGAUCGGAGUGUCCACUAUCGAUGAAAAUAGAUUGCCAAAAAAUUUAUCUAAAAUAUCGCGUCAAAGAUACUUUAAUAUGGAAAUAUGCUCCGAUUUUAACCAGAAAAGUUGAAACUACCGUAAACAAAUUAAAUUUCAAUGUUUCAAAUGCUAAUGCUCUCAAAUCAAAUUAAGCAUUUUAAAUAUUAACUAUUAAAUAAUUUAUAAGAAUAAUCUCUGAACUUUGAUAUAAAUAAACAUAUACCAUUGAAAUUAC